AUGCCUUCAAUGAGCAUAAGUAGUCGUGUUGGUUCUCGUAAAACUAGUAUAACUGGACCUGAACAAGGUUCUUUUGAUCGUCCAAUAAACAAAAUUCAACCUUCACUCAGAAAUAACCCAUCCUCUAAUAACAGCAUUCAUAGUAGUGGUAGUAGUGUUUCUUCUAACAAUAUCAAAACAAACCAGACAUCUAAUUCUACAAAGUCCCUUCCUAAAUCAUCAACUUUACAACAAAGACCAGUGCCUUCUAGAAUCAGUUUACCAUCUGGUACUUUGGGAAGUACUACGACCAUUCGAAAGCCAACAGUACCAUCGUUUGGUUCAUCUCGUGGGAAAUCGUCUGGUAGAUGA